AUGGGUUUCCUCUCCGCCAUAGACGACGGGGGCCCCCCAGGGCCCCCAAACCCUCGUGUACCCCCCUCUUCCUUUCCUCCCCCCUCCCUGGGGCCCCCCCCCGGGGCCCCCUCAGGGGCCCCCUCAGGGUCCCAGUCAGGGGCCCAGUCAGGGGUCCCCCGGGGGCCCCCCGCGGGGGGCCCCCCAGGGGCCCCCGGGGCGUGGGCGUGCAACCUGGUGAAGGGUGUGGGGUGGGCUGAGGAGCAGGGGAGACGAUGCCACAUGGAGGACGGGCUGGUGGUGAUUCGGGGUGGCAGCACAGCAUGUCUUUGUCUUAUACACCCUUCUCUCUCCUUGCCUGCCUCUAUCCACACCAGCACCAGCACCAGCAGCAGCAGCAGCAGCAGCAGCAGCAGCAGCAAGGGGGGGGAUGAGGAGAAGGCGUGGGGUUUGUCUGUGUUGGUGCAUGCUGCUCACUUAGGAGACACACGUUUGCUGCUGGUAUAUAAAGAUGGGGGCUGUCGGCGGCUUACAGCAGCAUCAGACCACAAAGCAUCAGCAGCAGCAGAAACAGAAAGAAUAGAAGCACUGGGGGGGUUUGUUAUAGGAGAGAGAGUCAAUGGGGUGCUAGCUGUGGGGCGAGCCUUUGGGGAUUGGAACCUUAAGCUUGGCCCGCAUGCAUCUGCUGCGCUGCUGCCGCAAGACAAACACAAACAGCUCAUAGUAUGCAACCAGCCAGACGUACAGACUGAAACUUUUAUACACCUGCAGCAGCAACAGCAGCAGCAGCAGCAGCAACAGCAACAGCAGCAGCAGCAGCAGCAGCAGAAACAUACGAGACUGCUGUCCAAUGCAGACGCAAGUAGAGACGCGCAAACGCCAGCGACGCACACACACAGCAGCAGCAACAGCAGCAGCAGCAGCAGCAGCAGCAGCGGUGGGAGAGUUGUGUCGCAGCAGCAGCAGCAGCGGGAACCAGCUCUGCUGCUGCUGGGGUGUGAUGGCUUAUUUGACGUUAUGGAUGAUGAUGCUGCUGCUGCGUUUGCUUUGGGGGUAGUGCAGGCUGUUGCUGCUGCUUAUCCUGCUGCAGCAGCAAGCGAAGCAGCAGAAGCAGCAGCAAGAGCUCUCGUGCAUGAAGCUGUCUCUCUUCGUAUGAGCGGAGACAACGUCUCUAUCAUCGUUUGUCUGCUGCAGGAGCCUAGAGACCUUGUUGCUGCUGCUGCUGCUCCUGCUGCUGCUGCUGCUGAUGGAGACAGCUGCCACGUCCCUCGCACUGCAGGCAAGCAGCAACGCAACGGCACAACUGCUGCAGCAGCUCAUGCUGCUGCUGCUGCUGCUGCUGCUGCAGCAGCAGCACACAAACAGCUCAUAGUAUGCAACCAGCCAGACGUACAGACUGAAACUUUUAUACACCUGCAGCAGCACCAGCAGCAGCAGCAGCAGCAGCAGCAGCAGCAGCAGCAGCUGCAGCAGAAACAUACGAGACUGCUGUCCAAUGCAGACGCAAGUAGAGACGCGCAAACGCCAGCUACCAACACACACAGCAGCAGCAACAGCAGCAGCAGCAGCAGCAGCAGCAGCAGCAGCAGUGGGAGGGAGUGCCCAUCGGUGUCCCCUGUGGCGGGCAAAGAGGCAGCAGCAGCAGCAGCAGCAGCAGCAGCAGCUAGCAGCAGCAGAGCCGAUGAGGAGCUGCUGCUGCUGCUGCUGCUGCUGCAGCAACAGCAGCAACACCAGCAGCAGCAGCAGCAGCAAAUGGGACAGCUGCACUUUCACCUACCACAGCACCUGUACCAACACCAGCUGCUGCAUCAGCAGCAGCAGCAGCAGCAGCAGCAGCAGCAGCAGCGAAGGAGCAGCACAAGCCAUCCCUCUACGAGUGCCCAUCGGUGUCCCCUGUGGCGGGCAAAGAGGCAGCAGCAGCAGCAGCAGCAGCAGCAGCAGCAGCAGCAGCUAGCAGCAGCAGAGCCGAUGAGGAAGACAGCUCUGGCUUCACCCCAAGCCCCAGCAGCAGCAGCAGCAGCAACAGCAGCAGACACAGUGAUGUCUCCAUCGUGUCCUGCGGCAUUACAAUCCCCAGCUCCAGCAGCAGCAGCAGCAGCAGCAGCUGCUGCUGCUGCUGCUGCUGCUGCCCCUGCUGUCUCUGCUGCAGUAGGCCCUCUUGCUGCUGCGGAGACAGGGGCAGCAGCACUGUCUGAGGCGCAGCAGGAGCAGCUGCUGCUGAUGCUGCAGCAGCAGCAGCCGUUGUGUGAGCCCCCUGCAGCAAUAGACGAGCAGCAGCUGCUGCUGUCUCUCAAGACACACCAACGGCAGCUGCAGCAGCAGUAUCUUUCCCAAUCCCAGAGGCAGCGUCAAACAGCAGCAGCAGCAACAGCAGCAGCAACAGCAGCAGCAGCAGCAGCAGCAGCAGAAUGCAGCAGCAGUAUCUUUCCCAAUCCCAGAGGCAGCGUCAAACAGCAGCAGCAGCAACAGCAGCAGCAGCAACAGCAGCAGCAGCAGCAGCAGCAGCAGAAAGCCCUUACACCCCAGGGGAGACACCUGUACGAGCGGCCAGCGUGCUACGGUGCUGCAGCUCCUUGGAUUGCUUCAGUCCAGCAGCAGCAGCAGCAGCAGCAACAGCAGCAGCAGCAGCAGCAGCAGCAGCAGAUGCCGGUGCAUGCUGGGGGGGCGUUGUGGGCGCCGCCUGUGGGGCCGAGAGAGGGGGCCUCUCCCCUGGUGAUGGAGACACGGAGACACCCCCUGAAGGAGACUGUCUCCGAUGUCUUUGUCUGCAGAAGAGACAGAAACAAAAUUGCUGGCGCUUAUGGUGUCUCUCAGUGA